CUGCCAGUGCGCUUAUGCGCAGCCAGCAAGUGUUUUUGUUAGUUCCUUAAACAUUUAUUAAGUGCAACAGUAUUUCGGUGAAAUGCAAACGAAAGAGAGCAAGCAAUAAAAACACUGCGGUGCAAUAAUAAAUAAUAAUGACUAUGCCGAUGUAAAAACAAUGCACAUGCCGCGGCAGCAAAAGCAGCAAUAUUGGCGGCGACUGCAAACGCCGCUGCUGCUGCUGCGACAAGGAAGAAUAUUCGAACGCGUUGAAAUAAUAAGUUUAGUUUGCCGUUGGGGACAACAAUAAUAAGUUCGACAAAAUGCGAAAUCGCGUAACUUAAUUUUAACUGCUCCGCUGAAUUUAUUUGUUUAUUUUUUUUAUGACUAGCGAAGUAGCUAACGAACUUGCAAUUUGAUUAACACACCACAAUACGAACCAGUACGUGUAUGCAAUGAAGUAAUCGGAAAAUUAUUUUUAUUUGAAAAUAUGUACAUAAAAUAAUUCAAAAGUGUUAAAGGCUUUGCAAACUAAAAAUUACGUGAUGUGAAAUUAAAAAAAAAAUAAUAAUGGUGUGAAAAUGCAAAGCAAUCUCGAAAUUAAUUAUUAAAUAAUUAUUUAAAUUUUAAUUAAGUAAUAAUAACAAUAAAAAAAAACUAAAAAAAGAUUAAAAAUCAAAAAAUAACUUGUAUUCUCAGUUAAAAUAAUUAACAUUAACAGCGAGAACAGAGAGAAAGUGCCCAUACUCGUAUUACAUUUAGAUUUAAAAAAAAUACUUAUUAAUUGAUAAAAACACAACUUGAAUGACUCAGUAUUAUCGCCAAGCAGGUGAAGAGUGUUCACACUUGAAACUGGAUUCCUUUAGCAUUCAUACAAUGGAUCUGAAAAAGUAUUACCAGCGUCCUCAGCCGCAAAAACUUAACCAUCAACAACAAACGAAGGCAACAAUAAGUAGAAUGGAGCUACGCGCAUACGAGUAUAACUCGCUAAAACGUCCACUUACUAUAAAUACAGCUGUUGAUGCCUGGAGUCGUGGCCUAUUGGGGCGUAUACAAACCACACUUGGUCGUCAGAAGGCAAAUCGUCUGAAGUUGACAAGUGAGGCAAGCGGUCACGGUGAUUAUCAAUGUUGGGAAGAAGUGCGUCAACAAAGUGCCGUUUAUGCGUUACUCGGACGGAGACCACGUAUGGAAGACAGAUACAUCAUCGAAGAGAAUAUCAAUAAUAAUACAGGAAUCUCGUUUUUUGCCAUCUUCGAUGGUCACGGCGGUGAAUUUGCGGUGGAUUUUGCGAAAGAUAUUUUAGUGAAAAAUAUUUACAAUAAAAUUAUCGCAACAACAAAGCUGCUGGGCAAUCAACAACACCUGUCCGAAAGCAAUAAAAAAGCAGCACUCGAUGCUGAUUACGCGGAAUAUGACGCGAGUCCAUACCUGAAGCGGAAGGCAAGCCGUAAAGAUGAAAGCAAUAAGGAGAAUAAUGAGCCGUCAGUGCGGCGACGGGACAGUCUGCGCAAGGCACACAGUACCGCAGAUGAUUGCAAGACACCCUCAGGUGGAAAACAACAAAAGGACACCGAUGUCUUCACUUCCAAACUGAACUCUCUAAUGCGCGGCAGCAACGCAGCCAAGGAUGCACUAUUUGGUGGCGGUAAAGAUGCGGGCAGCGAGAUUGGCAAAUCAAAUGGACCACCACAGAAUUUCGACGCCAAAUGUUACAUUGAAAAUGGUAAAAUUAAUUAUGGCAAAUUAAUCACAGACGAAGUCUUGGCCGCCGACUACAAACUGGUUGAAGCAGCAAAAAAGCAGACCAAUAUUGCCGGCACCACAGCACUGAUAGCCGUCAUCGAGGGCAGCAAACUGACAGUGGCGAACGUUGGCGAUUCGCGAGGCGUUAUGUGCGACUCACGUGGUAUAGCGAUACCGCUGUCAUUCGAUCACAAACCGCAGCAGGUGCGUGAGCGUAAGCGCAUACACGAUGCUGGCGGCUUCAUCGCAUUUCGUGGCGUUUGGCGUGUGGCCGGCAUAUUAGCGACGUCCCGUGCGCUCGGCGAUUAUCCAUUGAAGGACAAAAAUCUAGUCAUAGCCAAUCCGGAUAUAUUAACCUUCGACUUGAAUGACCACAAGCCCACAUUUCUGAUACUCGCCACAGAUGGUCUGUGGGACACGUUCAACAAUGAGGAGGCCUGCACUUUUGUCAAAAAGCAUCUACACGAAGCAGACUUUGGCGCCAAGGCGUUAACAAUGGAAUCAUAUCAACGUGGUUCAGUGGAUAACAUCACCGUGCUGUUGGUAGUCUUUCGUAAUGGCAACUAUCGCAUCAGUUCGGCCACAACAACGAGUGCAACUGCAACGAAGACCCACAAUGCAGCUGCGCCAGCGUCACUGUCCGCUUCGGCGUCGACAGCUAAAUUUCCCGCCACCAAUAAUGCAGCGAAAUUUCCCGUAACAAAUUUAAUUCGUUCGAAUAGUGGCGUCACCGCGAAGUAAAUCUCCCUAAUUGCACCUAUAUACUAUACAUCAUUCUAUAUGUAUGUGUAUAUAUGGAUAUUGUGUCAUCAUAAGGAUGGAGUUGAUAGUGCGCCAAAUGACCAGCGUUAGUGAAAUUAGGAAAAGAAAAACGAGGGUGGGAAGAAAAAUGUAUUUUUAAAAUUAUUUAUGUGCCCUGUUACUAGUUAUUAAGCAUUUCUUUCUAAACCAAAACAUAUUCGAAUAUGAGAUAUGUAUAUAUGCAUAUAAAACACAAACUCGCUAAUAAUACAUUACAGCAUAUUCAUCUAUGUAUGUAUGUAUUGAAUAUAAUAACACUUUUUUAUGCAACACUUCAAGGAAGUCGAGUAAUAUUACACCUACAACAAUAUUAAUUUAUCUAGCUACAUCAAAGCGAACCACUAGCUUCUCGAAACUCGUUUCCACACUGCUUACGCUUUAUAUUUAUUCGGUUUUCAUGAAAAUGCCUUGCAAAUUAUGAGUAUGUGCAUAAGACCCCCUGAUAAUUUAAUUAUAUAAAUUACGAACUAUAUUUAGGAAUUUUUAAAUUUAGUAAAUACACGAAUGUUUAACGAAAAUAUAAUAAAAUUGAAACUAAAACUGAAAUAA